AUGCCGCCAAAAGGCAAGCCCAAAAAGCCCACGCAACGCGUAUCCAAUUCUCGUCAAUCAAUCACAACUGCCUUCAAAAAGCUGUCCGAACACCUCCACAAAGCCCAGACAACCGAAGGAGAGAUCGAUUGCCCGGAGUUUGUCAACACGCUCAAGGACUCUUUGAAGGCAAAAAGGCAAACGUCAACCAAAUUAGAGUCAAAAUUUGUGACAGGCUUAAUAUCGAUACUAGAACAGGGCCAAAAUGAUAUGUGCAGCCGUCUUGGGGUGCCGCUGUUCGCUCUGGUAGUUGAGACAAUAUUGCAAACAGACUACUGUCUAAAAAGUGAACGCGGCCUCUACCUACUGGCAGCUGCGUUGCAACAAAGCAAUGGGAACAAAGCAAGGGAACAGGGUUUAGAAAAGAAACAGUUGCUGAUUGGUUUAAGAUGCUUGGACUCGUUGGUACUCUAUUUCGUGAACAUAUCUAAUCAUACCAAAUUGAGAAGAUGGGUUGGAAUUCUAUGUAUCCAGCUUCUUGAUGGCUGUGAAGAGAACUGCAGUAGAAUGGAACUAGGUCCUGAAGAGAGCCGCCGCAGAAUAGGGCAGCUUAUUACACAGGAGACAAAUGAGAUUCUUAGAAUAAUCUGCGGCAGGUUGAUACGAGUCAUGCAUGAGUAUGGCACAGAGCUGGGCGACCUCUGGCCAGUUACUGCCAACCAACAAGUAUACCAGGGAUUCCCGGAGACCCUCGGGGAUUCAGGCUGGGAGCAGAAAUUCCAAAAUUAUAUUGAUGAUGUAUUCGAAACCCUAGAGGAAGAGGAUAAGCCAGAAGCCACUGGAGAUUUGUAUUUUGGGCAUAAGUGCUGCCUAAUACCGUCUCAGCUGUUUGGGCCUCCCGACCAUAACGUCGACAUGCUAGUGGUCGGUGAUGAAAUAACAAUUAUGACAACACCGACCGAAAGUUGCCAGGGAGAAAUUCUUGAUGUUGCCUUGGGUUCCAUCAGCCAUAUGAAAAUAAUUCUUGAGACUUGCUCGCAGGAGCAAGGCAAUGGCGAUAUACUCUUUCAGCUCGAGAAGGAUCACCGACUUGGAUGUCAUCUCAAUGGCCAGCCGGCAAGUCUGGAAGGGGUCUAUAUUUCCACGAGGCUCGAGAUGAUUAAAGCCAUGCAAGAGACCUUUCCGCGAAUAUGUCCGGAAUUGAAGAUCUCGGAGGAAUAUCACGAUCUUAAAAGCAUCAUCAGGGGAAGCGGCGAGGAGUUAUUGGAAGGCGCUAAGCUAUGGUCCUGCUGUGAGGCUAUAUCCUUAGACCGUCCCGAGAUACUCGAAACAAUUGAGUCAGCUGGAGAUAGAACCCUGCAUGGCAAGCCACCCAUAUCCAUCCCAAGGACUCAUGGUGAACAGUCCCCGACAGAAGCAACUUCGAAUCCACAUAGGCAUCAAGGAGAGGUGGAAGGGGUUUCAACAUCGACGAUAUACAAGCAGAUCCAUAGGAGUUCGGCAGAUCUUUAUUCUGCAUCCCCUCCGCCAACGGACACAAGACACGAGAGCCAGUUAACUCGGGAAAUGCCCGAUGAACUAACCAACCCUUCUGACUGGAAGCUACAGACGGAGCGGGAGCAACAGGCUCAGAAAGUAAUUCCGAAAGUGAGAAAGAAUAUCCGGCCCAAAGCCAAACCGCCAAUCCAGGUACCUCAAGUAUCCCGGUUGCGGAGUCGUGCUAGGAUUAGCACUGAAAUGGAAAGCUCGAAAGAGAUGCAGAAGAAUAAUGAUUCAGCUGAUGCUGGAGCUUUGAAGAUGAACGUCGAGAUAAAUGUGUGCAGCGCUCCAUCUUCAACUAUAACCGAAUCGAUCGAGAUCAAAGACAGUUUCGAACCGGAGUCUCUCUGGAGAUUAGAGGAAGACGAUACAUCAACACCCAGGGGCACGACAAGUCCAGUCACUGGUGCUCGAGGUAAUGAGACUCAACCAAAUAUCAGCUAUACACAGGUUCAAGUCCAGGAGCCUGCCGACAGCCGCUCGGCUGUAGAAACUUUCAGGGGGGAAAAAGCCGACCAAAAUCUUCAUACCAAGCAGGGGCCUGGGCACGAGCCUAGUGAUAGCGCCGUGUACGAGUUACCCCCGGAGGGAGAUGAGGACAUGUCGGCCAGGCCGCCAAAGCCCAUAACAAAGACUUAUUCAAAGAAGGCAUCCAAACCACCAACGGCAAGCAAAUCAGCUAGUAAGGAGACAGGUGCAAAAGGAAAACCUCAGAAUCAGAGGCGCGAAGUGGCGCCAAAGAUCGCUCAAAUAACACCUGGUUCAUUGAACACAACUCGGAGGAGCGCACCUCUUGAAAGGGGACCAGUUUCGAGAACUUCAAGGGGGAAACUAGUCGCUAAGGCUGCGAUAGUAGAGUUGGAUCAAGGUGUCCAACCGUCCCAGGUGCAAAACGAGAAACUAGUUGUGUCGGGAGUUAUGCAGGAUAAUAUCAGUAAAGCUUCGAACCCAACCCAAAUUGCUGCAGCGAGCCCUAAUGUCGACAAGGAAAGUCUCGUCGCUUCGCCCAUGGAGCGGACGAAGGCGAGGCUCCACAAGGGGGCGAGGCAAUCUACAAGGAACGGAGGGGUAGAGCUUUCAACCAAAUUGGGCGACAUCUUAGAUUCCAUUGACCCAAAUCACGGGGAGGUUGUAGACACGAGCCGAAUGCCAGUAGCCCUGAAAUCCUCCAAGAUUCGUCCACAAAUCAAGGUUGAUAACACGGCACUGCCUAAAGAUUCCCAGGCGGGUUACGAAUUAAAGCAGCAGGAGACUGUCCGAAUUCCGGCCAAAGGCACCCCGGUCAGGCAACAACCCCCACCAGACGUAGAAAGCUGCGAUUUAUUGGAUUCUAAAAAGCGCAAAGCUGGAGUCGAGGAAGUCAUGUCCCCAAAGAAAAGACGGGCUAGGCUGGAGCCGUGGAUACAUGAAAUGGAGCCACUUAGACACAGCCCACAGCUUCAAAAGAAGUCGCAGAAGCGAUUGAAGGAGAUUUCGAAAUCGAAGCCUCCUGGACCUCAAAAGCCUGACGAGGAGGCAAAACCGAAAUCAGGCAUUAAGGGGCGAUUGCUGAAGCCCUGUCCACAGCAUCCAGAAGAAGAACAGCGGAGAGAGGGAGAAGAACCUUCUCGCCAGGUGUUGAUCGACGAGGGUUUGCAUAGAAAAGUUCCAGUGAUCAGCUUUGAUAAAAAAGGGCCCUUAAACCAAGGUCGCCCAAGUAAUUUUAGGACAUCCAUGAAGCCGUCGAUUGCACCGGUUAGGUCGGCAGAAGAUUCGGGGGAGAAGAAAAGGAAGCUUGAACAAAUCGAUAUUGGUGACACGAAUAGCCUUCAACGAAAGCGACAAAGCAGCCCUCCAGCCCAAGGUAGUGAUGUGGAUGAAUACGAACAGAAUGAUGCUCCCGGUGUCCCUAGUAGCCCUCUAAAUAAGGUACAUGAUCCAACCAUGAAUCGGACAAGGCAAUCGAGACAACCCAGGACCAGUUCGCAAGCUGCUCGGGUGGAUAUAAACGGCAGCCCUCAUGCCCCACCGAGUUCUGGCAGAGUUGACCAUAUUGCAAAGGCGAAACAAAAGCUAAAUGAUGAGGAGGUGGUUGAGGUUCAUGGAAAAGAUCCAGCUCUCAAGGUUCGCGGAGGAAGAGGCUCCGACAUUUUUGGGCCUAGGGUGAGACUUCAAAGUCAAGCAAAAGCCCGUCCAGCCUCACCAGAGAAGUGCGAGCCUCGAUAUAUUCCUCACCAAAAGAACAAAAAUGGGCAAUACGAAGAGCUUGCCACCAACCACAUUGUCCAACCACUGACAGCACUGCCCGAUCCUUUUGUCGGGGUAACCCGAACGUCGAGUGGCUUUGAAGACCAGCUUCAAAGGGGCUUUAGGCGUAGAGAGAGGUUAGGUACAGAGGGCGGUAUAAAUAAUGGAUACGCCGUAGUUUUACAUGAUGAUCUCGAAAAGACGCUGGUCGAUUCCGCAUAUGGCCCAAUGGUUGUCCAGUCCACUCCUAGCUCGACUAGUGGAAGCACGUUCGAAUCUCAUGGCAGUGAGCUUUCUAAAACCCCUUUAAAGGAUAUUACACCAAGGGAGAUGUGGAAUGUGGCGUUGAGACCUCAUUACACCAGGGUGACAGAUGCCGUCCAUCAAAUUGCAGAUGCAAGUCGUUAUCCCCUCAACGCUAUUCUACCCGUUGCUGACAAGGAGAAGGAGAUGAUUAUUCAAUUAUCCGGCGAAGAGGAUCGGAUAGGCCUUCUCGUCGGCCAGUACAAGGAGAACGGAGGUCGCAUUAGUAACGAUGCAAUAGAAAUGCGUGCCCAAGUGAAGGCCAACAUGCUAAAUAGCCUCAAAGCGAAGAAGGAUUCAAUGAUCAUUGCAUAUGCAGGGGCAAAGGAUUCUAUCAUCAAAAUCAAGGAGGACUUGAAAGAACAACCGGUUUGCGCAUUCGAAAAGGAUUGGCAGAGGAAGCAGGAUCUCGUCCGGGAAGAAAUCUCCGGAGUUCGACCAUGA